GACUACAUUCGAUAACUACUGGCACGGCACAGGUGUUUCCAGUCAGCUGUAGAUGUGGACAAUUUACAAUUUUGUUGUUUUGUGUUGAUCUUGUUCUGGGACUUCAAUCUAAUUAAAUUAGAUAAUUGGAGAUGUAGUGCAGCUGAACAAUAAUCAUUAAACAUGAAGGAAGUGGGCAUCGCUCUUCCCAAGUCGCGGGGCGUGGGCGUCGGAGUGCUGGCAGCCUUUCUACUAUGUUUCAUUUUCUACUACUUCUACGGCGGUUACAUGACGUUGGCGCUCUUUAUUGGCAUACUCCUCUUGAUAUUUUACAACGCCCAAGAUCUGCUGCUUUAUCAUCCCGAUCUACCCGCUAACUCUCGAAUUUACAUACCCAUUCCGACUAUGCACAACCUGCCACACAUCACGGUUAGCAUCAAAACGCCCGAUGAUGUGACGCUGCAUGCGUUCUGGAUCAGCCAGCCGGAGGAGCGCUGCAAGUCGGUGCCCACACUGCUCUAUUUCCACGGCAACGCUGGCAACAUGGGUCAUCGAAUGCAGAACGUCUGGGGUAUUUACCAUCACCUUCACUGCAACAUUCUGUUGGUCGAGUACCGCGGUUAUGGUCUGUCUACUGGUGUACCGACUGAACGGGGACUAGUCACUGAUGCCAGAGCUGCCAUUGAUUACCUGCAUACUCGCCACGAUCUAGACCAUUCGCAGCUGAUCCUGUUCGGGCGCUCGCUUGGCGGCGCAGUGGUGGUGGACGUGGCUGCGGACACUGUCUACGGUCAGAAGCUUAUGUGCGCGAUUGUGGAGAACACAUUCAGCAGUAUACGAGAAAUGGCUGUGGAACUCGUGCAUCCCGCUGUAAAAUAUAUACCAAAUAUAUUGUUUAAGAAUAAGUAUCACUCCUUAAGCAAGAUUGGCUCGUGUUCGGUUCCAUUUCUGUUUAUAUCGGGCCUUGCGGACACCCUGGUGCCACCUCGCAUGAUGCGUGCCUUGUAUACUCAGUGCGGUAGCGAGUUGAAGCGCCUGCUAGAGUUUCCGGGUGGCUCGCACAACGACACCUGGAUAGUAGACGGAUACUACCAGGCAGUAAGCGGCUUCCUAGCAGAGCUACAGCAGCAGCCAACUCCAUUGCAGAAGGCGCCUGAAAAGAGCAAUGUGUGGGUGGAGCUGGAGCAUAAAAUCAUUGACGUGUAGCUCCCAGAUAGCACGAAUGCAUCAAGUGUUCUUCUAUUGACUGUGUUAACACUGCGAAUGGUUAAAUACUUACAACCACUUGUAUACAUAAAUAAGGACAGGGUUUUAAUCCGGACACAUUGCUUAUGCCUUGUUGCGACUUUGUGCAGAGAUUAAAAACGUGCUAGCGGUGCUGUCUGUUCAUUUUAGGUAACUAUAAAUAUGUGCUAAAGCAAUUGACAAUUGCAAGAAACAGUAUCCACUUUGAAAUUCGAAUUUUUUCAAUCUAUUAUCGGCGCUGUUUAAUUAUAGCUAAUUUUUAAAUAUGUAUUGCUGUUCAUACAUAAUUGACAACUAAUCAGUAUUUUACAAGGGAAAAAAUCACUAUUUCUUUGCUGGAAAGUCAGUCCAUAAAGGCUUUCAUCACUAGCACGUUAACAACUUUGUGAGCCGGUUCCAUUUUUUAAAUGUUACAAUAUUGUUAAGAAUGUAACGAUAACUUAAGAUUAGGCUAGUAGGCUAACGCAACCCAGGUUAAACAAACUGAUAAACA